AUGGCGUCAGAGCGGGGCGCGGAGCCCGUGCCAGGGGACGGGGCCGCGGCGCGGGACGGGGCCGCGGCAGAGAACCGGGCCGCGGCAGAGAACGCGCUGGGCUACUGGCGCGCGGGCCGGGCGCGCGACCACGCCGAGUUCGAGCUCUUCUUCCGCCGCUGCCCGUUCGGCGGCGCUUUCGCCCUGGCCGCCGGCCUGCGGGACUGUCUGCGCUUCCUGCGCACCUUCUGCCUGCGGGACGCGGAUGUGCAGUUCCUGGCAUCCGUGCUGCCCCCAGAUACUGAUCCCGCGUUCUUCGAACACCUUCGAACCCUCGACUGCUCGGGGGUGACUCUGCGGGCUCUGCCCGAGGGCUCCCUGGCCUUUCCGGGGGUGCCCCUGCUGCAGGUGUCUGGGCCUCUCCUUUUGGUGCAGUUGCUGGAGACCCCGCUGCUCUGUCUGGUCAGCUACGCCAGCCUGGUGGCCACCAACGCAGCUCGGCUUCGCCUGAUUGCCGGGCCCAAUAAGCGGCUGAUGGAGUUCGGCCUGCGCCGGGCUCAGGGCCCCGAUGGCGGCCUCACAGCGUCCACCUACAGUUACCUGGGCGGGUUCGACAGCAGCAGUAACACGCUGGCUGGGCAGCUGCGGGGUGUGCCGGUGGCGGGCACCCUGGCCCACUCUUUCAUCACAUCAUUUUUGGGCAGUGAGGUGCCCCCGGACCCGAUGUUGGCUCCAGCUAUUGGUACAGGCCCGAGGGUGGACCUGACCACCAGUGUGAAGGUGUGGCUGGAGCGCGUGUGUGCCCACCUGGGGCUGGGCAUGCAGGAGCCACACCCUGGGGAGCGGGCGGCGUUCGUGGCCUAUGCUCUGGCCUUUCCCCGGGCCUUCCAGGGCCUGCUGGACUCCUACAGUGUGCAGAGGAGCGGUCUUCCCAACUUCCUGGGCGUGGCCCUGGCCCUGGGGGAGCUGGGCUACCGGGCAGUGGGCGUGAGGCUGGACAGCGGUGACUUACUUCAGCAAGCUCAAGAGAUCCGUGCGGUGUUUCGGACCACUGCCACGCGGUUCCAGGUGCCCUGGCUGGAGUUCAUCCCUAUUACUGUCAGCAACAACAUUGAUGAGGAGGAGCUGGCCCGACUGGCCCAGGAGGGCACUGAGGUGAACGCCUUUGGCAUUGGCACCAGCUUGGUCACCUGUCCCCGGCAGCCUUCCCUGGGCUGUGUCUACAAGCUGGUGUCUGUGGGAGGCCAGCCUCGAAUGAAGCUGACAGAAGAGCCUGAGAAGCAGACACUGCCUGGAAGCAAGGCUGCCUUCCGGCUCCUGGACUCUGCGGGCUUUCUGCUGCUGGACGUGCUGCAGUUGGCAGAAGAGCCCCCACCCCAGGCUGAGAAGGAGCUAAAGGUUUGGCCUUUAGGGGCCCGAGACCCCUGCACUGUGAAGCCAGCGCGGGUGGAGCCACUGCUGCGACGCUGGCUGCACAAGGGACAGCUGUGUGAGCCCCUCCCGUCUCUCGCAGAGUCCCGAGCCUUUGCCCAGUGGUCCUUGAACCGCCUCAGCCCUGCCCACAAGCAGCUGCAGAGCCCUGCUCCGUACCAGGUUGCACUGUCUGAGCAGCUGCGGGCCCUGGUGGACCGUCUGAGCGCUAGAGGGGCCCCGUGACUGUUGCAGGGUGGGGACUGGCUGGAAACAAGUCACUCACUGUCC